AUGCAAGCCGAUGAAUCGUUUAUACAUGACGAUGAACUCAUGUCUGAUGAAGAAUACGAUGAUAUAUAUGGUAGUGACUAUGAAUAUGGAUCGGAAAAUGAUUAUGAGAAUGAAUAUGGAGAUGAGUAUGAUGACCACUAUGACAUUCAUUCCAAUAUUAAUUGGUUUUACACAGUAGUACUGUCAAUCAUAUUCAGUUUAAUAAUUUCAUAUUUCAUGAAAAAUAAAAAUUUUACUAAUGUAGAACUAGAUCACACACAUAUCCAAGAACAAAUUAAUGAUAUUACAAGUAAGAGUCAUUCCAUGGGUACCAACUAUUUGCAUGUAUUCCAAGAAAAUCUUCAACAAAUCAUCGAUCAAUUUGAAACACAAAUUAAAAGAAUCGUGCCAAGUAAAGAUACUCAUGAAUUAGAUCAACAAUUAGAUAUGAUUGAUUUACAAUUACAAAAAUUUAAUAGAAUGGUAGAAAAUGAAGAUAUAACCCAAUUCAGUGAGUUUUUAUUUGAACAAUUGAAUACUAAGUUACCCAAUGAUGUUCCUGUCAUUAUAUCUGGAAAUAAACAAGAAUAUUUGAUCAUUCCAGAAUUAUAUUCCUAUAUCGCCAAGAUUCUUGUGUCAAGUUUUUCGAAUAUCCGUACUUCACAACCUGAAGUGGAGGAAUUCCAUUAUGAUGCAAAUAAUUAUAGUGAUGAAAUUAUUACCAACUCUUUAAGAUAUAAAGAUAAACAACAAUUCUUAGAUGAUCUUGCAAUAAAAGUUUCAAGUAUUAAGCAAGAUAUCUUUAAUCGUUUACAAGAAAAUGAAUAUGAUCUCAAUAAACGGUUACAGCUCGUUGAAGAGUGUAUCUGGAAACAAUAUGAAACCAAUCCAUUCCAUUGGAGCGAUGAGUUGAAUUUUAUUACUUAUUCUACGGGUAGUCAAAUCAUAAACCAUCUAACCUCCAAAACAUAUUCUAAGGGAAACAGUGUGCCAGUGACAGAUCUAUUACUGGAUAAUUCCCCAGUAGCAGGGAACACGAACACCUAUUGGCAAUGCUCCACUUCUGAUCACAAGGGGAAGUGCUCUUUGGCUGUAAGAUUCCGCUCCCCUGUAUAUCUAAGUAAAUUGUUUUAUAUCCAUGGCAGAUUCAAAAAUAACGUCCAUCUGAUGAAUUCUGCACCACGAACUAUUUCCAUUUACAUUAGAUUGUCCACUCAGCCAGCACUCAAUACGAAUUCUCAAGAUAUCAUUGAAAUAGCUCGUCAAUAUGGGGUGGGCCAAACCCAUCCGCGUGAUAACGGCUAUUUCAAACUCGGAACUUUAAACUACGACAUGUUAAACCCUCAACUGAUUCAAUCUUUCCAAAUACCGUUAUGGUUCUUACGAGAACGAGUAGCAACUCAUUCCAUCUUAUUCCAAGUAGAAGAGAACUAUGGUUGUUCAGAUUAUACCUCAUUACGUGCUUUUGUGGCACACGGUUUUACUGGCGCCGAUCUUGCGUCGACACCCAUCACGUGA